UUAGAUGCGCCAUCUCCCUGCGCGCUACUCGGCACCUGACGGCAACGUUGCUUGUUUUUUUCCAUUAAUUUUUCCAGACGCGUCAUUAAUCCGCCCUCCCAAAAAUCCGCAACAAUUUGUGAGGGGUUUCUGUGAUUUCAGACGUGUGAGCAAUAAAUACAACAGCACGUGUAUUGGGCGGUCACGGGCACACGGUGUUCACGUGGCCGAGGACCAACACAACACAGCGCAGCGCUGGCGAAGACUGCCACAAGACAUCUAGAGCCCGCUUUAAUCGACAACCUCGCAGCCAUGGACCUCGAAGUGGAAUCGGCGGACGUGAUCCGUCUGAUCAUGCAGUAUCUGAAGGAAAAUAAUUUGCACCGCACUCUGGCGAUGCUUCAAGAGGAGACGGCGGUGUCGCUCCACACGGUGGACAGCAUCGACAGCUUCAUCUCAGACAUCAACAACGGCCAGUGGGAUAUCGUGCUGCUAGCGAUCCAGUAUCUCAAACUUCCCGACAAGCUGCUCAUUGACCUGUACGAACAGAUUGUGCUGGAGCUGAUUGAGUUGGGCGAGCUGGGAGCCGCUCAGUGUUUACUGAAGCAAACCGAUCCCAUGAUCAUGCUGAAGCACACUCAACCCGAGCGUUACUCGCACAUGGAGAGCCUUCUCACCAAGCCUGUUUUUGACUCGCAAGAGGCGUAUCAAGUGGGCAGCAGUAAAGAAAAGCGCAGGCUGGCUAUCGCUCAAGCUUUUGCAGGAGAAGUCUGUUUGGUGCCACCUUCUCGUCUCAUGGCUCUUCUGGGCCAGGGCCGUAUAUGUGAGGGGGCUUUAUACAGGUUACAGGAAACCAAAGCACUAAGGCAGUUUGGCUCAUUAGCAAUGCUGUCACUGAAGUGGCAGCAGCACCAGGGUCUCUUACCUCCAGGUAUGUCUUUGGAACUGUUCCGGGGCAAAGGUGCACUGAAAGACAUGGAGGAAGAGCGCUUCCCAACUCAGCUCAGUCGCCUCAUAAAGUUUGGACCAAAGUCCCAUGUAGAGUGUGCGCGAUUCUCUCCUGAUGGACAGUACUUGAUUACUGGAUCUGUUGAUGGUUUCAUUGAAGUCUGGAACUUCACCACUGGUAAAAUUCGGAAGGAUCUGAAGUACCAAGCUCAGGAUAAUUUCAUGAUGAUGGAUGAGGCUGUUUUGUGUCUGGCAGUAAGUCACGACUCUGACAUGAUCGCCUCUGGAGCUCAGGAUGGAAAGAUACAGGUGUGGAGGAUUCUGAACGGGACGUGCCUGAAUAGAAUAGAACGAGCCCACAGCAAAGCGGUCACCUGUGUCUGCUUCAACAAGGACAGCAGUCAAUUACUAAGUACCUCCUUUGACCAGAUCAUCAGGCUUCAUGGUUUGAAAUCAGGAAAAAUGCUGAAGGAGUUUAGAGGCCAUACGGCUCACAUCAAUGACGUCAUCUUCUCACACGAUGGCCACCAUAUCAUCAGCGCGUCAGCAGAUGGCACAGUAAAGGUCUGGAGCAUGAAGACAAUGGAUUGCACCCACACAAUAAAAACCCCUGACAUUCCCGAGGGCACGGACAUCACCGUUAACAACGUUGUGCUUGUCCCAAAGACUCCCGAGCACUUUGUAGUGUGCAAUAGGACCAACACGGUGGUUGUUACGAACAUUCACGGCCAGGUGAUGAGGAGUUUCUGUUCAGGAGUAAGAGAGGGGGCAGACUUUGUUUGCUGCACGUUGUCUCCACGUGGAGAGUGGAUUUAUUGUGUGGGAGAAGACUAUGUGCUGUACUGCUUCAGCACCAUCACUGGCAAGCUUGAGAGAACCCUCACGGUACAUGAAAAAGAUGUGAUCGGCAUAACUCACCACCCCCAUCAGAAUCUCAUCGCCACUUACAGCGAGGAUGGCCUACUCAAACUCUGGAAGCCUUGAGUCUCGUCUUUUCAUAAUACGGACUUGUGUUUUAUGUUCCAGACUUGUGGUAUUCCAGCACACAUACAUAUAUGUCUCUGCCUUUAUACGCCUGCUAUGACGUCGGUCUUCCAUUUAAAGUGCUCCAAAACAUUCACGUUUCUGUUGAACCUUAGCAUCAUGCACUGAGAUGAAGGACCUCUUCGACAUCUGAAGCGAACGACAUCCAAUUUUCGUAAAACUAGCGUUCCUCUGAAACUUCUAGUGGAGAACAAUUAAAACUGCAUGGAUGUACUGGUCUUUUUGCUAUUAUUAAGGGCUUUGUAGUAUUGUCUGUGAUAAUAUCUGCAUGCAAGAUUUAGCAUCGACAUUAAUGUGGUAAAUAUACUGGUUUUCUUUCCAGACUAUUCUUUUGAGAUCUUACACGUGAAUGUAUGUAAUUUCUUUGAUCACUUUGGCCAAAGACAAAUAAUUAUUGUGUUCCCGCUCAUAAUGUGACCUCGCACUAGUCUUGGACUCAUUGAGGACAUUUUCACAUAUUUGUACUUGUGUACAUUUAGAAUUCUGAUAUGUUUAGAAUUCAUAUGGUACAAUAUUGUGUUGAUUAUAACGGUUCAGUGUGUUUUAACACUCAACCAAGCACAUCUACUUGUACUGCAUGCAGGUGAACAUAUUAUGCAGUUAUUGCAAUACUGUAUGAAGUAAUCAGUAUGUUUAUAUUCUGAUAAUUACAGAUUAUUUUUUAUCGAGGAUAUUCAAAAUUUUUGUUGAAUAUUGGUAUAACACUACUUUACAGUGUAAGUCUCUUGAGUAUCUUGCAGUGUUGGUAAAUAAUGUGCUGAUAUUGCUGCAGUUUAAUUAAAAUUCAAGCAUGAAUAAUUCAUGACGAUCUUUUAAUGAA